CAAAUCUAUUCUCUCUCUACAUUCACAAGAAAAGAAGGAGACAAAGGAAGAAACAAGAACUAUCUCUUUAUCUCUCGAGCGUUAAUUAAGUUGCCAAACACACUCAUACAUCAAUAGAAAAAUGGCACAAUUUUUUAAGUUACUCGUGACAAUUGCACUUACAUUUGCAAUUACAACCGCCAUCAUCACCACAACAGCUACCAGAACCAACCCCACGACGGAAACAUUUGCUCUCAAAGACCCUUUCAAGGACCUUACACCCCCAGGAGCGUUUAAGAUCAGACCAAGUCGGUUCUUGGCUCAAAAAGACGAACAGGGUCAAGGACCUAAAGCCCGUAACCCAAAUGCAGCUGACUCUUGCAACAAAGAUUCAGAGAUCUGCCGUAGCAGCGGAGCAAACUCUACAAUGACUUGUUGCAACAACAAGUGUAUGGAUUUAUCAACCGACAACAAAAACUGCGGUGCAUGUAAUAAAAAAUGCAAGUACUCGGAAACAUGUUGUGGCGGUCAGUGCGUUGACUUGAGUUUCAGUAAACACCACUGUGGUAAGUGUAACCAGCUUUGCCAAAAAGGCGGGUUCUGCCUCUACGGUCUUUGUGACUACGCGUGAUCAUUCGAAUAAUUCAUUCAUGUCAUGCGUGUUUAAAAAAAGGAUCAUUCUCUACUUUUAAUGUCUACGAAUAAAAUGGAACAUCCUCCUUUUCCAGUACUACUGCUGUUUGUAGUAAGUUUAUUAAGGGUCUGUAUUCU